UUAAAUUAAUAGCUUGUGUUUGCAGAAGUUUAUGUCGAAGAAAAAUCUUUCAGUUACCUUUAUAAUGAGGAUGACAUUGUUGUUCUUAAGGAGCCUGAGACAUAUGCACAAAUUAAUGUUCCAAAGCACUUGUUUGGUGAAUCUCUUCCAUACCUCCAGGAAAAUACACUUCAUGGACCUCAUGGAAUGCAGAUGAUAUGAAAGUUAAGCUGCAACUUUACGAUGAGAAGCCGAUGUCUGUGUCAAUUCCUCCGAAAGUGACAUGUACUGUUGCUGAGGCACAAGUUCCAAUAAACGGGUCUACAGCAACUCCUCAGUAUAAGAAGGUUAAGCUGGACAAUGGUCUCACGGUUCAGGUACCAUCUUACGUGUUAGCUGGCGAGAAGAUAAUUAUCAAUACUGCCGAUAAUUCUUUCAUAAGCAGGGCUUAAUCUGGGCCCUUUUGAAUGCUCUGGAGUUAU